AUGCUUGUGUUCCCUGUUUGUCUCGGUACACGGCAGCCUCGGGUAACUGCCCUCCCUAUACCAUUCGAAGUCGAUCAGUAUGCAUUUGACUACUUUGAGCGUGCGUACCUAGUCCGAAGGUCACCGCCGCUAAAUACGAAGCGCGACCUGCACUUGUAUGGAGACAUCUCGAAGAUCGCGAUGUCUAGAUCUGACUUCCACGUCAAUUCCGGCCCUUCUGGAUACAUUUCACGAAGCUCACGCCGAUCGGGGAGAAUCUCCAGGUCCACACUCGCCCGAAUGAACUACGGCUAUGUAGACGUCGUUCUGCCGUGCAGCAAGCAACAGGAACUGUGUUUCUUCGCGGCAUGCGUUUGUACACUGUUUGUACGCAACAGUAGGAAGUGGUCAGAUUUCGUCGUUCUAUGUAUCUGCAGAUUGGAACUCUCGAAACCUACGGAGAAAUACCAGUUUCUUCGAAACGUCCACGGUCCCAUUGGUCGAUACAACUUGUAG